AUGAGCAGUAACAAGAGAUCACAAGGCAACAAAGACGACAAGAAGAAUACAACGAAUAAAGAGGACAGUCCAGCUGGCGGGAAGGAUGAUGGUACAUCGGUAUCAACGGGUAGCAAUGGAGGUGCAAGCGGAGAACCAUCUCAACCUGGUAGCAAACCUGGUUCGGCAGGUGCUACCGCUAGGGAAGGUGCCCAAAGACUUUUGGCACUUGCUGCACGGGGAGAAUGGCCACCCGUGGACCAAUUGCUCAAAUCUAUGGAAAAGGCGGUACAAAAUGCUCCCGAGGAAGGUUUCGUUGCACCCCUGGCUGGUCUUAUGGACCCGGACAAUUACAAUGCCUUGCACAUCGCUGCUAUGUACUCGAGGGAAGACGUGGUCAAGUUGCUUCUUUCGAAAAAAGGUGUUGAUCCUUAUGCUACCGGAGGGACGAGACAACAAACGGCAGUUCAUUUGGUUGCAUCCAGACAAACUGGAACUGCAACAUCUAUUUUACGGGCAUUGCUAGCUGCGGCAGGAAAAGACAUCAGAUUGAAAGUUGAUGGUAGAGGAAAGAUACCACUUCUCUUAGCAGUCGAGGCUGGCAAUCAAUCCAUGUGUCGUGAAUUAUUAGCUCAACAAGCGCCAGAUCAACUUCGUGCUACAACACCAGCCGGAGAUUCGGCCCUUCAUUUGGCUGCUAGACGAAGGGACAUCGAUAUGGUUCGGAUUCUGGUUGAUUAUGGUGCUCCUGUGGACAUGCAAAAUGGUGAAGGUCAAACGGCGUUACAUAUUGCAAGUGCCGAGGGUGACGAGAUUUUGGUGAAAUAUUUUUACGGUGUCAGAGCAUCCGCAUCGAUAGCCGACCACCAGGACCGAACACCGAUGCACUUGGCUGCAGAAAAUGGGCACGCAACGAUAAUUGAAUUGCUAGCUGACAAAUUCAAGGCCAGCAUCUUCGAGAGAACGAAAGACGGCUCUACCCUAAUGCAUAUAGCGUCAUUGAACGGUCAUUCGGAAUGUGCAACGAUGCUCUUUAAAAAGGGCGUGUACUUGCACAUGCCCAACAAACGCGGAGCAAGAUCUAUUCACACUGCAGCUAAAUAUGGUCACGUGGGAAUCAUCAGUACACUCCUCCAAAGAGGAGAAAAGGUGGAUGCAACAACGAACGACAAUUACACGGCAUUGCACAUAGCCGUGGAAAGUGCCAAACCGGCAGUGGUUGAAACUUUGUUGGGUUAUGGAGCCGAGGUGCACGUUAGGGGUGGCAAACUUCGAGAGACUCCGCUUCAUAUAGCAGCACGAGUUCCAGACGGCGAUAGGUGUGCCCUGAUGUUAUUAAAAUCCGGAGCUGGGCCCAAUCUGACGACUGACGAUGGACAAACUCCCGUUCACGUAGCUGCCAGCCAUGGGAACUUGGCAACUUUGUUGCUUCUCCUCGAGGACGGCGGUGAUCCUAUGUUCAAGUCUAAAAACGGUGAAACGCCUUUGCAUUUGGCCUGCAGAGGAUGUCGCGCAGACGUAGUCCGUCAUCUGAUCGAAUUUGUUAAGCAGAACAAAGGGCCAGAAGUAGCAACAGCUUACGUGAACAGCGUUACGAACGAGGGAGCCAGUGCAUUGCAUUACGCCGCUCAAAUCGAACCAUCGGAGGUUCUAAUACCGGGAGACGAUCGUGCAGUUGUACGUGCACUUUUAGAAGGUGGUGCUGAUGUCUCGUUGCAAACGAGGCAAGCGCAAGAAUCUGCUUUUCAUUAUUGUGCAUUAGUCGGAAACAACGAAGUACUUUCCGAGAUGAUAAGCCAUAUGUCAGCAACAGAAGUUCAGAAAGCUUUGAACAGACAAAGUGCGGUAGGGUGGACACCUCUUUUGAUAGCAGCUCAUCGUGGUCACAUGGAUUUGGUGACGAAUCUUUUAGCCAAUCAUGCCAGAGUAGACGUUUUCGACUUGGAGGGUAGAUCAGCGUUACAUUUAGCCGCGGAACAUGGCUACCUUCAAGUCUGCGAUGCCUUAUUGGCGAACAAAGCCUUCAUCAAUUCGAAAUCUCGCGUUGGUAGAACGGCAUUGCAUUUGGCAGCAAUGAACGGCUAUUCCCACUUGGUCAGAUUUCUUAUUCAAGAUCACGGAGCCGCGAUAGACGUGCUUACGCUCAGAAAACAGACUCCCCUUCACCUGGCAGCAGGUGCUGGUCAAUUGGAAGUGUGCAAGCUUCUUUUGGAACUUGGUGCUAGCAUAGACGCUACAGACGAUCAAGGACAAAAGCCGAUUCAUGCCGCUGCCAUGAAUAAUUAUGCCGAAGUUGCCCAACUCUUUUUACAAAGACACCCAAGUUUGGUAAUGGCGUGCACGAAAGACGGAAACACGUGUGCUCAUAUAGCAGCCAUGCAGGGAAGCGUUAGAGUGAUCGAGGAACUUAUGAAAUUUGAUCGUCAAGGUGUUAUCUCAGCGAGAAACAAGUUAACCGAGGCAACACCUCUUCAACUAGCUGCCGAAGGUGGUCACGCGGAAGUAGUGAAGGCUUUGGUAAGAGCUGGUGCUUCCUGUGCCGAUGAAAAUCGUGCUGGGUUUACUGCGGUACACUUGGCAGCCCAACACGGACACGGACAAGUUCUCGAAGUGAUGAGAUCGUCUCAAUCGUUGAGAAUUUCUAGCAAGAAAUUGGGUGUUACCGCGUUACACGUUGCUGCUUAUUUUGGCCAAGCUGACACUGUCAGAGAAUUAUUGACAAAUGUUCCUGGAACUGUUAAAUCCGAUCCACCAACGGGUGGCUCCUUGGUAGGAGAAUUAGGAACCGAAUCUGGUAUGACACCCCUUCACCUGGCAGCUUAUUCGGGAAAUGAAAAUGUCGUUCGAUUACUUUUAAAUUCUGCUGGAGUACAGGUAGAAGCAGCGACAACUGAGAAUGGAUUUAAUCCAUUGCAUCUGGCUUGUUUCGGUGGACACAUAACAGUGGUUGGGCUUUUAUUAAGCAGAUCGGCCGAAUUGUUGCACAGUGCCGAUCGUUAUGGUAAAACUGGAUUGCACAUAGCCGCAACACACGGGCAUUAUCAAAUGGUCGAAGUGUUGUUGGGUCAAGGAGCGGAAAUAAAUGCGACAGAUAAGAAUGGUUGGACCCCAUUGCACUGUGCUGCACGUGCUGGUUACCUCGAGGUUGUCAAACUACUCGUCGAAAGUGGAGCUUCGCCGAAAAGCGAAACAAACCUUGGCUGUGCUCCUAUUUGGUUCGCUGCUUCCGAAGGCCAUAACGACGUUUUAAAGUAUCUAAUGGAAAAGGAACACGACACUUAUGCUCUCAUGGAAGACAGAAGGUUCGUCUACAACAUGAUGGUUUGCAGUAAAAGUAACAACAACAAGCCUAUAGAGGAAUUCGUUCUGGUAUCUCCAGCACCCGUAGACACCGCAGCCAAACUUUCUAACAUUUAUAUGAAAUUAUCCGAGAAGGAAAAGGAACGAGCUAAAGAUUUGAUAGCAGCUGGAAAACAAUGCGAAGCUAUGGCAACAGAAUUACUUGCACUCGCAGCAGGUGCUGACUCGGCUGGUAGAAUUUUAACGUCGAUGGAUCGAAGGAACGUGGAAUUUUUGGAUGUGUUGAUUGAAAACGAACAGAAGGAGGUGAUAGCUCAUACAGUUGUGCAACGUUAUCUUCAAGAACUUUGGCAAGGUAGCCUAAACUGGAACGCUUUCAGAACGAUCCUCCUUUUCAUAGCUUUCCUGAUCUGUCCACCAGUAUGGGUAGUCUUUGCUUUGCCACUUGGUCACAAGUACAACAACGUACCCAUCAUCAAAUUCAUGUCCUAUCUGACGUCUCACAUUUAUUUGAUGCUUUUUCUGAUGCUGGUUGGAAUAACCCCGAUAUAUCCAGUCGUAAGAGCAAAUCUUUUACCUUAUUGGUACGAGUGGUGUCUUUUGGUGAUGCUAUCGGGUCUUUUAUUAUUCGAACUGACCAAUCCAAGUGAUAAAAGUGGUCUUGGAUGGAUCAAACUGGCAGUACUUCUCUUCGGUAUCUUCGGUGUGGCCUUUCAUCUUAUGGGAUUUGUGAUAAUCAAACGUAUCUAUUGGCCAACGUUGCUCUAUCUAAGAAACCAACUGUUCGCAUUGAGUUUCCUGUUAGCUUGCGUUCAAAUCCUGGACUUCUUAUCUUUCCAUCAUCUCUUUGGACCAUGGGCCAUCAUAAUCGGCAAUCUCAUGAAGGAUCUCGCCAGGUUUCUCGCAGUAUUGGCUAUCUUCGUCUUUGGAUUCUCGAUGCACUUCGUAGCUCUCAAUCAAGCGUUCAUGAAUCAUGCAAAUCUUCAGGAAGCUUCUCAAAAGGACAGGGAAAAGAAGGGUGCAUUUCACGACGAUUUGUCGGUGAAUAUAACGUCGGAAUGGAUAACGGAGACGCAAUCAGCGGCUGCGAAUCCUCGUCACUUCGGCCGCUUCAGGAAAAAGAAUGAAUGUUGUGACGAUAACUCCAAAGAGAUAAAGAUGAGUCCUAUACUUGCCUUCGAGUAUCUAUUCUUCGCUGUCUUCGGCCAAACAACACACAGCGAGCUCAAAGUUGAGGCCAAUCAGCCGGACUGGACCUCGGUCCUCUUUAAGCUGACCUUUGGCGUGUACAUGUUGGUCUCGGUAGUGGUGUUAAUUAAUCUCCUUAUCGCCAUGAUGAGUGACACCUAUCAACGGAUACAGGCACAAUCAGAUAUUGAAUGGAAAUACGGUCUGAGUAAAUUGAUCCGUAAUAUGCACAGAACGACCACAGCUCCAUCCCCGUUAAACUUGUUAACAACCUGGAUCGUGUACUUCAUCAAGGUAUGCAAACAACGUGCAGCUAAACGCAAACGACCAUCACUGGUCCACAUGAUGGGUCUUCAACGUACCGGUCGAUUGUCCCCAAGAUCCAAGAUGGGUGCAAAGUGGUUGGCCAAAGUCAAGAAGGGACAGGUUCGACCUAAAGACAGUGUGGCACUUUCGGUAGUUCAUUUGAGUCCGUUAGGAAGUCAAUUGUCAUUUAACAGUGCUACCAGAAUCGAGAGUGUCGUUGAUUGGGACUCGAUAAGAAAAAAGUAUCUUGCUUUGACCGGAAACGAGCCUGAAAAGGAAGAAGAUAAAGAAAAGGACGACAAGGAUAACGAGAAUGAUAACGAGGACGAUUAUGGACCUACUGUUUCAAAUCCUUCGAUGAUUCCAACUACGAUGACUACCACAUCACCUAUAUAAAUGUGAUUUCUCGCGAGCGUGAAAAUUUAAGAUAAUAAUUUUAGGUCUAUGUAGCUGACUAAGAAACAAA